CACUACCGCUUACGUCAGAUGCGUCAUUCGCCAUUUUGGUGUUGAGAGGGAAUAUUGCUGCAAUAAAUCUUUAGUUAUCGCUGCGUUGAAAGCGCGUUGUUGUGGACGGAGGAGCGGGUUUGUUUUCUGUGUUAGUGUCGCGGGAAUCAUGUCAGAGAAUCCGGACGCGGACACUCUGGACCCGGAGUCUGAAGAAGAGAAGCAGGAUUCUCCAGAGAAGGACUGUAACCCAAUCCUGUCUGAAGAGGCCAAGCUGAAGGCCAAAUACCCGAACCUGGGCCACAAACCCGGCGGCUCGGACUUCCUGAUGAAGAGACUCCAGAAAGGACAAAAGUACUUUGACUCGGGAGAUUAUAACAUGGCAAAGGCCAAGAUGAAGAGCAAGCAUGUGGUGGCGGCCGGGGCGGACAAGAACCUGGUGACAGGAGACCAUAUUCCCACACCACAGGACCUUCCUCAGAGGAAAGCCACGCCGCUCGCCAGCAAACUGGCCGGAUAGAGACACACACACACACACACACAACUCACUAACACACACACACACACUCACUAACACACACACACACACACACACACACACUCACUAACUACACACACACACACACACACACAC